AUGCUAAAACACAAAUAUUUGAAAUAUGUGUACUUGAAAUUUUAUACAAUUAACUGAUCACUUUGUAGAUCCCUAAAGUAAAUAUUUUAAAUAUUUUUGGAACAUCUACUCGAAAUUGUAUUUUCGUAUAAACAUCGAGUCCCGUUUUUGUCUAUAAAUAUAUAUGUUAAAGUAUAUAAUCCCAAGAAGAGAAACCAAUUGGGAAAGAGCAUAAAAAGGGUUGUAGUUGAACUGGCACGUUUUGCGAUGUGCAACUAAAUAUUCAGUUCCAUUAUUUGAACUAAACAUAAGCAGAAACCUUUAUGUAAAGCCCUUGUAUAACGUUUACAACAAUGAACCAUCUACAUAAAUAUAUACGUAUAUAUGUGCAAUGUGCAACUAUACCAGAUAUUAUUAGCGGAGAGCACAGAAAUCUGCUCAAGUAAAUGUUAAAAUGUGAAGCCAAAACGAAAGAGCAAACGUAUAGUUGUAUUAUUUACUCAGCUACAAGCUAUCUAAAUUAAAAAGUGGUGGGCGUCAACCAAGCCGCAUGUGGCAGCGCGGCGCAGAAACGCCCCGCAGCUGACUUCGCAAGCGGUGAGCGUUGACAAUGGCAUAAUUCGAUCCAAACCAAAGCCAAGUGAACGUGCAACAGGACUUAGGCUUACCUUUUUUUUUAUAGGAUAUAUAAAUACUUCUUGUUUUUUCGUGUGUAUUAAAUGGAAUUGUGUGAAGCAGUAUGUUGAGUGGCACACGACGUUUUCUGCUUCUGUUGGGCAUACUGUGUCCAGUGCACAGCUUUGUAAACUCACCCAAGAUUAUCAGCAAGGAUGGCAAUUUGAUUUUCGAGUCUGGUGCUAAUCGUAACAUCAGCUUCCGCCUGAGCGGUAACUCGCGUUUGAUCAUAAAUGAGGAAUACGAUGUUCUGCAGCUGUUGAUGCCCAUCAGUGGUAGCAAGAAGCGACUAUCUGGCGAUGUCAAGGAUGAGUGGAGUGGUCCCGACGAUUUUUUGGAUUUGCAAGGUUUGGCCGAUCAGUUAGUCGAUUUCAAAUCUCAGGCAUUUGGGGUCAAUGGGCUCAAUUGGACCCUAUUACAAAUUGCGAAUCGUACACGAUAUCUCGUAGUCCUGCGGCGUCGCUUAACCAAUGUAGAUUUGAAGUUGCGGAAUUUAAAGGCGAAAUUGAAGCUGAACAACUGCCGGAGCAAUCCAUGCAAAAAUGGCGGCAGUUGUGUUAAUAGCUACAAUGGCUAUCGGUGUCAGUGUCGUCCCUCCUUCGUGGGCACAACAUGCGAAAAGGAUGUGAACGAGUGUGCGCUGUUCAAUGGCACUGAUCUGGGCUGCCAAAACGGUGGUCAGUGCGUGAAUCAGUUUGGCUCGUUUGCCUGCCUGUGCUCGCCCAGCUGGCAUGGGAUGCACUGCAGCCAGCGAAAAGCGGACUGUGCGUCGGCAAGCGCCUGGGAACUAUGUGGCCAUGGCAGCUGUGUGUCAAGUAGUGAUGCUCUUGGGUAUAACUGCAUUUGUGAUGACGGCUGGCGUAGCAAUGGACUGACGCCCUCCUGCACCGAGGAUGUGGAUGAGUGCAGCGCCACCGCCCACACGCCUUGCUCCACCAAAUGCAUCAAUUUGCCGGGCAGCUUCACCUGUGCCCCCUGUGCACCCGGCCUAACCGGCAACGGCGUCAGCUGUCGGGAUAUCAACGAGUGCGAGACGGACAACGGUGGGUGCAGCCUUAGACCACGUGUUGAAUGCAUCAACAGUUAUGGCUCCAGCCAUUGCGGCGAGUGCCCCAUCGGCUGGACGGGCGACGGACGCACUUGUCAGCGCACCAGCAACAUUGACUCACCAGUCGGCGCUGUUGGUCUCACCAGCUGUAUGCAGCGCGCCUCCCUUUGCCAUCCAGCUGCGAUCUGCUCCGAGAUCUCCAAUACGAUCAUAUGUAGCUGCCCCCGCGGCAUGGUUGGCAGCGGCUACGGCGAUAAUGGUUGCCUGCACGGCACAAACACCAACUGCAAUGAUAUGCCCUGUUUGAAUGGUGGCAUUUGCAUGGAUAACGGUCCCUCGAAUUUUACAUGCGAUUGCCCGCGUGGCUUUCAUGGGCGACUCUGCGAUCCGCUGCCGAAUCCGUGCACAUCGAAGCCUUGCAAGAACGAUGGCCGCUGCAUCCCGAUACCCGAAACGGAUGGCUUUCUUUGCCAGUGUCAGCCGGGGUAUCAGGGUCGGCUGUGCGAUGUGCGGUUUAGCAGUUGCAAUGAGCUGCUGACUGGGAUGAGUGGGCGACUGGGCUAUCCGCCGAUGGGCAAUAGAUAUGAUCACAAUGCGCAAUGUGUUUGGGUGAUAAGCACUAAUGAAUCGCUGGUGCUGAAUGUGACAUUCCACAGCUUCUACGUGGAGGACUCGACGGAAUGUCGCUUCGACUGGCUGCAGAUACACGAUGGACGCUCGACAGCAUCGCGAUUGAUUGGGCGCUAUUGUGGCAAUACGCUGCCGAAUCACGGCAACAUAAUUUCCUCCAGCAAUAAGCUCUAUCUGUGGUUCCGCUCCGACAAUUCGACUGCGCACGAAGGCUUCAAUCUCACCUGGCAAUCGAUACCGCCACCAUGUGGCGGCCUUGUCAAAUUUGAAACGCACGGCACCAUCGCCUCGCCGGGCUCACCUGGCAAUUAUCCGCGCAAUCGCGACUGCCGGUGGCAUCUGGUGGCGCCUAGCAGUAAGCGUAUCAAACUGACCUUCUUCAGCCUGCAGCUGGAGAAGCACGAUAGUUGCAACUUUGAUUUUGUCUCGAUUAGGGAUGCCAUCUCGGAUCGGGAGCUGCACAAGUUCUGCAGUAGCGAGCAUCCAGCGCCAUUGUUGCUACCCACACAUGAGGCUAUGAUACGCUUCCAUUCGGAUGAAACGGACAGUGAUUUGGGAUUCCAGUUACACUACUCCGCCGAGGAGCGAUUGCCAGGUUGCGGUGGCGUCUACACCAGUAAGGAGGCUUCCAUACGUUCGCCCAUCUAUGCGCUCAGCGCCGGUCCCAUCUCCUGCGAGUACGAGAUACGUUUGGCGUUGGGCGAAUCGAUUAGUAUUGACUUUAUCACAUUCUCCUUGGCAUCAGAUGCAUGUGUGGAGCUCUACGAUGUGGUAAACACUGACAAUGUCCAGGGUGAUUUCAAUAUGCUGCAGAUGAAAUAUUGUGGCGGAACUAUUUCAAUACCGCCGAGCUUUCACUCACUCUACAAUCACGUGCGCAUCAAGUUCUAUACGACCAGCUUGCCGGUAACCACUAUCGAUAGCUUUGAGCUGCGCUAUCACAUGGACUGUUCCCACACGUAUGAUGCGGAGAGCGGAGCGAUCAAAUCGCCGGGCUAUCCGAAUCAGACGAGCAGUGCGCGGGUGUGCACGUAUAAGAUUUUGACCGCACCGAAUACGGUCAUCGCACUGAAGCGUAUGGACUUUCAGCUUUUGGAUGACACUAUAAAAUCAUCGAACGAGGACAAUGACGAGCCGGAAAACUCAGCUACGGAUGAUUGCGUGAGUGGCACCAGUCUCAUCAUCAAUGACGGUCUCAAUCGGGCCAUAUUGGGACCUUACUGUGGCAAUAAGCUACCCGAUGAUGAGUACAUCAGUCAAACGAAUAUGCUGGUGAUUCACCUGCAAAUGCAAUCGGUAAGCCGAGGGCGUGGCUUCCAUUUCGAAUAUAGUGCCGUACCGGUUAGCGCCAAUAAAUGCGGUGGCGUUCAUACCAAGGAGGGUCAAAACAUCCGACUGCCGGGAGAUGCGGAAGGAAAGUACCAAAAUGAUCUCACCUGUUAUUGGGUAAUUGUGGCACCACCCAGCAAGGUGAUAAUGCUGCACUGGCUCAGCUUUGAUUUAGAGGACUCCUCCGGGUGUAGCUACGAUUAUGUUGAGGUCUACGAGGAUGCGAUUGUGGUCGGCAACAACAAGGCGCCACCACUAGCACGCUACUGCGAUCAGAUGCCGCUGGAUAUGACGGCUCACGUUCACAUUAUGACUAUUAAGUUCGUGUCGGACUAUAGCCAUGCGGGAGCUGGCUUCGAGCUUUCCUAUCGCUUCGUGGACCCCAACAGCUGCGGCGGUCACAUACACGGCUCCACCGGCAGGCUCAUCUCACCAGGUUACCCACUUAACUAUACCAAUGGGUUGGAUUGCAUCUGGCAGCUGAGUGCAACACAUGGCGGCCAGCUGGAGCUGCAACUUGAUCUGUUCGAGUUGACGGCGACGCCCAACUGCAAUGGCGAUUGGCUAGAAGUGCGCAACGGGGGCAGCAAUCGCUCUGCGCUCAUCGGCCGCUUCUGCGGCACGAGCGUACCACGUCAGAUACCCAGCUUUACGCAUGAACUCUAUCUGCACUUUCACACCGAUGACGUGGGCACUGCACGCGGGUUUCGGCUAGCGUGGCGCACUUUUGGCAGCGGCUGCGGUGGUCGUUUGACUGGUAGUGCUGGCGUCAUCACAUCGCCCAACUAUCCGAACGCGUAUCCGCACAAUGCCCAUUGUGAGUGGCACUUGAGGGUGCAUACCGGCUCCAGUAUACGGCUGGUCAUUGAGGAUCUGGAGAUGGAGAGGACACAUGACUACUGUGACAUGGAUUAUCUACGGAUCUACAAUGGUGACAGCAGCAGUCGCUUUUUGGAUUUCACAUACCAGACCUUGUGUUCCAUGCCUGAUGACGAUAAACGUGACCUUCACAUUGACAGUAACGAGGUGGUUGUAGUCUUUCACUCGGACUUUAGCAAUGCGGAGCGCGGAUUUCGCAUUUCCUAUAGUGCCGAUUGCCAACAGGUCAAAUUGAACAGCAUCCAAGGCGUCAUCGAGAGUCUCAACUAUGGUGAGGCCUUCUUUGCGAGCUCCAUCAACUGCAGCUGGCAUCUGCAAUCACCGCGCGGCAAUAAGAUUAAACUGGAGGUCUCCCACUUUGAUCAUCGCUCCAGUCGGCUGCCCACUGAUGGUGCUGAUGGUGGCCUCUAUCUAUUAGAUGGUGGCGUUGUGGUGCCGAUUGUGCAUCUGGGUAUGCACAAUGUCAGCGGCGACACCUUGACCAUUAUUCACAACACGAGCAGCAUUAGCUUUCGGCUUGAAUAUCGAGUUGAUGGAUGCGUCAAGGAGUUGAAAGACGAUAGAGGAUUCUUCCAUUCGCCCAAGCAUCCGCUCAUGUAUCCCAAUGAUGUUGAGUGCUAUUGGCUAAUACACGCGCCGUUCGGUCAGGUCAUUGAGCUCACCGUGCUGGACAUGGACAUAGAAGAUAGCGCCAAUUGCACCAAAGACGCUUUAGUGAUAUCGAAUAGCUUCCAAGAAGCCGGUGUUCAUGAGCGCCACUGUGGAAGCAAUCCCAAGUUGAUUCUCACCAGCGCCGGUCACAAGCUGCAUGUGCGAUUCAUCACCGACGUCUCGCACAACGGGCGCGGUUUCGAGGCCUCCUACCGCAUCAUGAAGAGUUCUUGUGGCGGCAAGGUGAGCAGCAAGAGCGGCACAAUCACCUCACCAGAAUAUCCGAAGCCUUAUCCGCGCAAUAGCAAUUGCGAAUGGCUUUUAGAAGUAGCGCCGCACCAUACCAUCAUCUUCGAUAUGCAGGAUGUGGACAUUGAGCCGAGCUUUCGUUGCUCCUGGGACUAUGUGGCUGCAUAUGAUAUGAGCGCCAGUGAUAGCCUGGACGACAAUGAGGGUCACCAGAUCUUCAAGCUAUGCCACGGGAAUGAUCAGGAAUUGGCAAUCAGGAAAUCGGUCACUAAUCGAGCAAUUGUACGCUUCGUUACUGAUAAUUCGAUUCAGCAUCGCGGCUUUCGGCUGCAAUACCGCGAGUCUUGCGGUCAGACUCUGUCCAUCGAUGAGACAGACUUUGAAAAUUUGAGCUUGAGUAGCCAGGUGGCUCGCAACGAGACCUGCGUCUGGGUGUUGCAAGCCACCGAUCCCAGCAAGCACAUAAUUUUCACACCCACCCAUAUCAUGCUGCAUGCGGAACCCUUGUCAAGAUAUUCGAGUGAAACUGAUUGCAAGACGAACGGCAUCAAGAUAUAUGAGGGCAUCACGGCCACCGGUACUCCGCGCCAGCAAUUCUGUCGAACCCAUCCGCCUGCAAUAAUUUCACGUGGUCUGGCGCUGACAAUUAGUUUGCCAAUGUUGCUGGUUUCCGAAUUCGAGGGUCACUACAUGACCAUGGACACGGCGUGCGGCAGCACAUACAACGCAGUGUCGGGUCGCUUCUCCUCCCCCAACUAUCCCGACAGCUAUCCAGUGAACAUCGAAUGCGAAUGGGUGCUCGAAGCGAGCGCUGGGAACUCGUUGGCGCUCAUUGUUGAAUCGCUAGAUCUGGAGCAAUCCGACGGUUGCAACAAUGACUAUCUAGAGCUGCGCGAGCAAUCUCAACGUGGUUCACUCAUUGGCGUAUAUUGCGGAAAUGAAGUGCCGGCGGCCAUAAGCUCCAAGGGAAGCAUUUGGAUCAAAUUCAAGAGCAGCAACGAUGAUGUCGGCGCGGGCUUCCUGGCCAACUACCACUACGAGUACCACAACGAACUGAAUGGCACUGGGGGUAGGAUCGAGUCACCACAUUACCCAAGCACCUUUGAGAGCAACGAACCGUAUAGUUGGCGCAUCACCGUCGACACGGACUAUGUGGUGCUGGUGAAUGUGGUUUAUUUGCUGGAUGUAAACCAUCCGCAUGUGCGCUUCUACGACGGCUAUACGGACAUUGGCGGCCAACUAGAGCCGCAGCCCUACAAACCGCUGGUGUCUAACACAAAUAUCCUGUAUAUUACUGCGACUCGUGGACCCUUUCAACUGAACUGGGAGCGACUGUCAAAGGAGGCCUUGGCCUCUAAUCGCAGCGCUGAGCUGCAGACGCGACAAUGCGGCCAACAGUUGAUGACGUUAAAUUCCAGCUUGAUCUAUUUCAGUUCUCCUGGCUAUCCGCAGGGCUAUGCCCCGAAUUUGCACUGCAGUUGGAUUUUGGUGCCUGCUAGUCCCGCAAUGCAUGCGGCUCUGCGCCUUAUCACCGUUGACCUGGAGCUAUUUACAGAUGCUUGCUAUGCCGACUAUGUGGUCAUUUCCAGCAGCAGUGACAUGCAACACUGGACGGAGCUGGCGAAAAUCUGCGCUCAGGCGAAUGUGACGUCGGGUUUGUACCAUGGCAAACCAUAUCUGCGACUAGAGUUCGUUACAGAUGUCAGCGUGAACAAGACGGGAUUCUCCAGUAUGGUGCGCACCAUUUGUGGCUCCGAGCUGACUGCUUCACGUGGCCUAGUCAACAUCACUCAGCUGGCGUCCAACAAUGUAGAGUGUGUUUGGACGAUUCGUGUGCGGCAGGGCAAACGGAUACGCAUCACGUUCCCGGAGUCCCAGCUGAGCGCUUCUGGUCAGGGCAAUGAUUUGACGCAGUGUCGUAAUUUCUUUGUGGUGCGCAAUGGUUAUGCGGAGGAUUCGCCAUUCCUACAGCAUGGCAAGUACUGUGAGAACAACAUCACUGAUGUGCUGGAGACCAGUUCGAAUCGGGCGUACAUAAAAUUUCAGAGAAACUCAUUUUCCCGGUUCCGUGCCUCCUUCCACUACGAGGAGAUUAGUGACGCCUGCUCCGGUCAUAUUUUGCUCGAUGACGGAUCAUACAAUAACACCACACGGCUGAUCAGCUCACCCAACUUUCCCAAUCUGCCCAAUCCGCACUCGGAGUGCGUUUGGCGGAUAAGUGCACCGCCCCAGCAUCGCAUUGCUGUGGAAUUUUUAAGCUUUGAUCUUACGCCGAGUCGUAGUGAGCCGAGCAACCAAUCUAACGACGAAAGCGAUGAUGGCUGCGAUCGGGAAUUUGUACAGAUAAACGACGGCAGCACGGAGCUGAGUCCGCAACUUGGACGCUUCUGUGGUGCCCGCAAGCCGGACACAGCGUUCUCGUCGGGCAGUGAGCUGCGCAUCAAGUUCUAUACGGGCGUCCUCGAAUCGCGCCCGGGCUUUCAGGCGCGCAUCAAAUUAGCCGACUGCGGCGGCAGUUAUUACAGCGCCAAUGGUGUCAUUCGUUCGCCCAUCCCGAGUCAGCUGGACAUGCAUUUGCUAACGUCAAAGCUGAAGGAGUGCAUCUACACAAUUGAGGCGGAACGAGGCAGCACCAUCGAUCUGACGUUCGUCGGGAUGCAUUUACCGAUGCCAGAGAAUGGUAACUGCUCGGGACGCACCCAUCUUCAAUUGGAGGAGAUGGAACCGUUUGGCAAUGAGAAUGAGCAGCGUAUCAGCGAUAGCCUCCAAUUGUGUGGCACCGAUAAUAGAAAUCUACAAGUCGAGACAAAUAAGAUUGUGGUGCGGCUCCGAAUGCCCACGGGCCAUUUGGGCACCGAGGAGUCCUUCCAGUUGAAAUAUACGGCACGCGGAUCAGGCUGCGGACAGACGAUCUUUGGGGAGCAGGGUAGACUGCAGACGCCCAACUAUCCGAAGGAAGUGACAAAACCGAUGCACUGUAUCUGGCGCAUCCAGGUGGCAAAGGGUCGGCGCGUCAAAGUCGAAAUACUCGACUUCGAUGUUGGCGGAAGCUUAGCCAAUCGUACGCAUUCCGGAUUCCGCGGACGCAUCGUAUUCACCAAUGAUCACAAGCUGUACUCGGUGAUUGGUCGAUAUGGGAAUGAUCCACCCGCUGAAGUCAUCUCCACGGACAACACAAUGGCCAUUGAUGUCUUUCUGAUGCCAUCGCAUCGCGGCUUCAAGCUGCGCUUCAGCGCAUACGGUGAGAGCGAGUGCAUGGAUGUGAGAGCUUCGAUGCUUUUUGAACGUUCCAAUACCAGUAUGGUGCACUGCAGCUAUAAGCUGCGUCCUCCUGCGAAUAGUACGAUGAUGUUGCAGGUGCGACGCUACAAUACCAGCAGCACCUUCAUGAGCAAUAUUCACAUAUGCGGUGCUCUGGCGCCCCUCAAACUUCUGCUGGUUGACGAGACUGAGCCUUUGCUCCCGAUGCUCUUUUGCGAUGUGGAGCCAGCUGCAUCUUCAGUUGAGACGAACCGCACGGUACGUCUGCCCUUCCCCGUCGAGAUGAUCGUGACGGGUGAUCGAAAGAACGGAAUGAAUCUGCUGGAGCUGAGCUACAGCGUGCAACAUUGUGGUGGCAUUGUGCCACUGGAACUAGGUGACAAUCUCACCAUUACACAGCCACGUAACUUGCCAGCGAGGGUGACGGUGGAUUGUGCCUGGGUUGUUGGGCCCGAUCCGGAUGCCGAGGAUCCUCUAUCGCCACAGGAUAUACAAUUGGAGGUAUCGGUGGCGGUGAAUCUCGAUGGUGACUGUAAGCUCCAUUACUUGAAGCUGUAUAGCGGUCCGAAUCAGAACUCACCGCUUCUGGGUCCUUAUUGCAACCAGGCGACGGUCAUUAAUCUGGUUGUGGAGCGUGGUCUAUUCCUCGAGUAUCAUGCGGCAUCCACAACAAAUGCCCAGCAUAAUGCCACUUUCAAUGUAACGGUUAAAUACGGCAGCGGUUGCGGAGGCCGAUUAACAUAUCCGUAUCGUCUAAUUGACUUAAGGGAGCAGUACAAAAACAAUGUGGAGUGCAUUUGGGAGAUUGAGGCGGAGCCGGGUUUUCACAUCGGGCUCACAUUCCUCAAUCGAUUCUACAUUGAAAACAGCCAUGGCUGCGACAAGGAUUAUCUGCGUGUGCAGCAGCGCAACAGCACCGAUGACAGCUGGAUCGAUUUGCAGACGCUUUGCGGACGCAGUCCGCCGGAUAACAUUAACUCGACCAGCGCGGAGAUGCGUCUCAUCUUUCGCUCUAAUAGCGACAUCACUGGCGAUGGUUUCACCGCUCGCUUUGAUCGCAACUGUGGCGGCCUACUGUACGCCACUGCUGAACCACAGCUGCUAAGCAGUCCGGGCUAUCCGAAGGGGUAUGGCAAGAAUAUCUAUUGCAAUUACACAUUUAGUCCGCUUGAUGAACGAGCGCCGGGCGUACUGGUAAGCUUCCUGGAAUUCAAUCUGGAGCCUUCGCCACCCAAUAGUUGCAUGUACGACAAUGUCACAGUCACCACCAGGGACAAGGGAGAUUCGAUGCAGGAGUCGGUGAUCUGUGGCGUUAAACAGCGACAUGCCUAUCGCGCCCAGCGCUCCAUCAGCCUCCUGUUACGCUCAGAUAACACAUUUUUCGGCCGUGGCUUUCAGCUAGAAUACAGCACCAGUUUGUGCGGUGGUGUUAUUAGCACAUCACAACCUGUAGAGUCGCCGCGUCAGCAUCAGGAUAAUCAGAUGCCGCCAAAUAGUGACUGUUAUUGGAAUCUCACGGCGCCAGAGGGACAUAAGUUCACUGUCAAGUUUGAGUUGCUGGACUUUGAGGCUGGUAAUUUCCUGUGUAGCUACGAUGGUGUCGAGGUCUUCGAUAGUCCGGUGCCUGAUGAAAAGAGACGUAUGGUGCGCUACUGUGGACACGUGACAGAUGAUUUGCCCACAUUGCAUAUAUCUGGCAAUCGAGCGCUAAUCCACAGCUACUCAGAUGAACGGGAUCCUUCGAGGGGAUUCCGGGCGCUGGUGCGCGUCUUGCCCAACUGUGAUGAGCGCAUCUUUCUGGGCGAGCACAAUUCCAGUUAUACGUUCAAUAAGUUUAUUGGCACCUAUGCGAACAAUCUCGACUGCAGUUUUGUGUUCCAUGCGGAAAAUGGUUUUCAGAUAAGCGUCGAGUUCCGUAGUUUCCACGUAGAGGCAUCCAUCGGCUGCAAGGCAGACUUUUUGGAGUUGCGCGACGGCGCUGGACCCUUCGCCGAUGAGAUUGGUCGCUUCUGUGGCCAGGAUCUGCCACCCAAUCUAAGCUCAUCGAGAAAAACCCUCUUCAUGCGCUUUGUCAGUGAUAAUCAGAUUAGUGACACCGGUUUCGAGAUAGUUGUCACCGCCCGGCCGCUCCAGUGCGGCAAUCCCCUUAUCAAACUAGACGGCAAACAGCCUUACGAGAUACACUCGCCCAUCAACGAUCAGGGAAAGUACGACAACAAUGUCUUCUGCCUCUGGAAGAUUGUCAGCGAAAUAUCAAUACAUCUGAAGUUCAUUAGUCUCGAUCUCGAGGCGACCAAUGCGACAGACAGCUGUGAUUCAGACUAUAUUAAAAUCUACAACAGUGAGGAUGCGCAGGUGGUGGAGCACGGUUAUGGGAGCGCGGUGAUCUUUAACGGGCAAAAGAACACUCACUCCUUCCUCGACUAUGCUACGGAGCACGUUUAUUGUGGCAACUCCUUGCCAGAUGAUUACUAUCCCAACUCGAAAAACGUGUAUAUUAAGUUCCGCACUAAUGAAGCCGUGACAAGGACCGGCUUUCACAUCCGCGUGGUGCCAGAUUUGAGCUGCCAGUAUACCUACGGUGGCUACCAGGGUCGCAUCAAGAUAUCUGAAACAAUCGAUUGCGAUGCGACGAUUGUGGCGCCAGUAAACCACACGCUUAGCAUCUAUUAUGCCGAGGUGAUUUUUGGCUCAUCCGAUUGUGAUGUGGAGUACGUGGAGGUUUUCGAUAUGGCCAACAAUAAAUCGCUGCAACGUACAUGCGCCUAUUUGAACGCGGGCAAGAGCAUCUUCACCACAACCAAUCAGCUGCGGUUGCACUUUAAGACUGGCAGCAUUUUAAACAACUUUGACAUGACGUACAUUGCCACGCCCAUCGAGAAUGGUCCCGGCUGCGGUGGGCAGCUGUACAACACCGAGGGUAUCUUCUCAAAUCCUUUCUAUCCGCAGAACGUGCGCAAUAACUCCGUUUGCCGCUGGAGCGUCCGUGUACCAAGCAACACCCAUGUUCUGCUCAACAUUGAAUUUUUCGAUCUGGGCUCGAAAGCCACCUGUCACACGGAUUACCUGCUGAUUCAGGAGAAGCGCGAUGAUGGCGCGAUGCAAGAAAGGCGUCGCUUCUGCGGCGAGGAUAAGCCUCGCAUCUACUUGAGUCAGCGCAGCCAACUUUAUGUGGAAUUCCACAAGUCGGUCAACUAUGAUGGUAUCGGCUGGGUCAUUAAAUUUACCGGCGUCUACUCAGACUAUCAGAUACAGCCGUACAUGCUGGAAUAAUCGCCUCAGACAAUUGUAUUCCAAAUAAAGUUUUGAUUCGAUGCAUUAAAACAAUUGA